AUGAGACCCAAAAACCUCUGUUUCUUUACCUUUACCUUGUUCUCUUUACUUAUCCUACGAGUUGACUCAACUCAGCCACCAUUCUCAUGCGACUCAUCGAACCCAUCAACACAGGCCUUCCCUUUUUGUAAAACCACACUGCCCAUCAGCCAAAGAGCCAGGGACCUGGUCUCUAGGCUCACAUUGGAUGAAAAGAUUUCUCAACUGGUUAACUCAGCUUCACCAAUUCCAAGACUCGGUAUCCCGGGUUAUGAGUGGUGGUCCGAGGCAUUACACGGUGUUGCCAAUGCCGGACCAGGCAUUCAUUUCAACGGUACUAUUAAGGGUGCCACUAGUUUCCCUCAAGUCAUUCUCACCGCUGCUUCUUUUGAUGCGUACCAAUGGUAUCGCAUUGGUCAGGCGAUUGGAAAAGAGGCUAGAGCUCUGUACAAUGCCGGGCAAGCUACAGGCAUGACAUUUUGGGCACCGAAUAUUAACAUAUUUAGGGACCCAAGAUGGGGGAGAGGGCAGGAGACGCCUGGGGAGGAUCCAUUAGUGACAGGGAAAUAUGCAGCGUCAUAUGUGAGAGGGCUUCAAGGGGAUUCUUUUGAAGGAGGGAAGAUUGAAGGGCAUCUUCAAGCUUCAGCUUGUUGUAAGCAUUUUACUGCUUAUGAUUUGGAUAAUUGGAAAGGCACGAAUCGCUUUGUGUUUGAUGCUCGUGUGACCAUGCAAGAUUUAGCAGACACAUAUCAGCCACCGUUCAAAAGUUGUGUUGAAGAAGGGAGAGCCAGUGGGAUAAUGUGUGCUUACAAUAGAGUUAAUGGAGUCCCUAGCUGUGCUGACUCCAAUCUCCUAUCCAAAACUGCUAGGGCCCAAUGGGGUUUUCGUGGGUAUAUUACGUCAGACUGUGAUGCUGUUUUGAUCAUCCAUGACAAUCAAGGAUAUGCCAAAUCACCAGAAGAUGUUGUGGCUGAUGUGCUUAAAGCUGGCAUGGAUGUCAACUGUGGAUCGUACUUGCAAAAACACACCAAAGUAGCAGUGGAAAAGAAAAAACUGACAGAGUCUGAUAUUGACAGGGCCCUUCAUAAUCUGUUCUCUGUAAGAAUGAGGUUAGGCCUUUUCGAUGGAAAUCCAGAAAGGCAGCUUUUUGGAAACAUUGGUCCUAACCAAGUCUGCUCCCAAGAGCACCAGAUACUAGCCCUUGAAGCCGCCCGUAAUGGCAUUGUCCUUUUAAAGAACUCUGCAAAACUCCUCCCACUUUCAAAAUCCAAAACCAAGUCCCUGGCUGUUAUUGGCCCCAAUGCCAAUUCUGGACAAAUGCUUCUGGGAAACUAUGCAGGUCCUUCAUGCAGAUUUGUGACGCCGCUGCAAGUGUUGCAGAGCUACAUUAAACUCACUGUUUAUCACCCAGGUUGUGAUACAGUUCAAUGCUCUUCAGCUUUAAUUGACAGGGCAGUGGAUGUAGCAAAAGGAGCAGAUAAUGUAGUAUUGAUGAUGGGUCUGGACCAAACUCAGGAGAGGGAGGAACUUGAUCGCAGAGACUUGGUGCUGCCAGGUAGGCAACAGGAACUCAUCAUCACAGUUGCAAAAGCAGCAAAGAAUCCAGUUGUUCUAGUGCUUCUUUCUGGAGGUCCAGUUGAUAUAUCUUUUGCCAAGUAUGAUAAAAACAUCGGAAGCAUUUUGUGGGCUGGUUACCCUGGUGAAGCUGGUGCUAUUGCCCUUGCAGAAAUCAUGUUUGGUGAACAUAAUCCAGGAGGGAGAUUACCAAUGACUUGGUAUCCACAAGAAUUUGUCAAAGUUCCAAUGACAGACAUGAGGAUGCGACCUGAAACUUCUUCAGGCUAUCCUGGCCGCACAUACAGAUUCUACAAAGGCCAGAGUGUUUUUGAGUUUGGUUACGGCCUCAGCUACUCCAAAUAUUCUUAUGAACUAACAACUGCCUCCCGAAACAAAGUACUUUACCUAAAUCAGUCCUCAACAAUGCAUAUAAUCAACAACUUUGACUCAGUUCGUUCCACAUUGGUUUCUGAGUUGGGCAAGGAGUUCUGUGAGCAAAACAAAUUCCCUAUAAGAAUUGGUGUAAAGAACCAUGGAGAGAUGGCAGGCAAGCAUCCAGUUUUACUAUUUGCGAGGCAGACAAAACAUGGAAAUGGUAGGCCAAGGAAACAGCUGAUUGGAUUCCAAAGUGUGAUCUUAAGUGCUGGGGAAAGAGCUGAAAUUGAAUUUGAAGUGAGCCCCUGUGAACACCUUAGUAGAGCUAAUGAAGAUGGCCUGAUGGUUGUGGAAGAAGGAACGCAUGUCUUAGUUGUAGAAGGUGACGAGUACCCAAUUUCCGUCGUCGUUUGA